UCUGAACGCGCUGCUGUUGAUGCUGUGAAGGUUAUUCGUUUCAACUCACGGCUGUUUGUUUGUCUGGAGAGGGCAUCAUGGGUAUCGGCGACCCUCUCGAGAUCUCAGGCAGUGAGUUGGUUCAGAUUUUGCGGACUCCCUCGGAGCUCUUCGCAUCCGGCGGCUGCAUCGUGCUGGACUGCCGGCCAUUCCUCGGUUUCUCCCGCGCGCACAUCCUCGAGUCCCGCAACGUCAACUGGAACUCCAUGCUGAGGCGCAGGUCCAAGAGCUCCGUGGUGUCCCUGGAGUGGCUGGUGGCGGAUAAGUCUCUCCUGGCCCAGCUGAGGAACGGGGACUUUUCUCCAGUGGUGGUCUUGGAUGAGAACAGCCGGUCGGUGAGGGACCUGAAGAGCGAGAGUUUGGCCAGUCUCCUCAUCAGCGCCCUUCAGUCUGAAGUCCAGUCCGCCUCGACGCACAUCUGCUUCUUACAAGGUGGAUUUGAUGGAUUCUUUGCACUUUAUCCUGAGCUCUGCUUUACCGCCCCUGCUGUCCUGUGCUCAAAUCACUCUACUCUCAGUGAGCCAGAGCCCGUCAUGUCCGGAAGAAAGACUCCACUCUAUGAUCAGGGUGGUCCAGUUGAAAUCCUCCCCUUUCUUUUCCUGGGCAGUGCUCAUCACUCGUCCCGACGGGAGACUCUAGAGCGAAAUGGGAUCACAGCAGUCCUCAAUGUCUCCUCAUCCUGUCCAAAUCUGUUUGAGGAAGAGCUUCAAUACAAAACCCUGAAGGUUGAGGACAGUCUGGCCGCAGACAUACGUGUGCUCUUUCCUGAAGCCAUCCACUUCAUUGAUUCGAUAAAAGAGGGUGGUGGUCGAGUGCUGGUCCACUGUCAAGCAGGAAUCUCUCGCUCCGCCACUAUCUGUCUGGCGUACCUCAUUCACGCUCAACGGGUCCGUCUGGACGAGGCCUUCGACUUUGUAAAACGCAGACGACAAGUCAUCUCACCCAAUCUCGCAUUCAUGGGCCAGCUUUUGCAAUUCGAGACGGAUGUUUUGUGCCCAUAUUCAGUACUAGAAAGAGAAAGCAGUGGUACUGCGUUUUAGAACACUUGAACUGACCUGUAGGUUUUGACCGGACACUGUGACAGAUCUACAAAGGUGCUUUUUGAGAAUGCCAAUGGUGUACAGCAAGACUUCUCUGGAUCGCAUUAAAUAUGGCAUCUCACUCUUUAAAAAAAAACAUGGUAAAGAAACCAGUCCAAUCUCACAAGGAAAUGUAACUAUAUUAUGUGUUGUCAAUUCAUAAGAAUUCAUGACUUCAUUUGUAUGAAAAUGUAAGAUUUUAAAAGGAGACGUGUCCCCGAACCUCUACCCUAAACUUAACCAUCAAUGGGGAUGAGCAAUUGUACUAAAAUGUACGAAUCAGAUCGUACAAACUAAUACAAAAUCCAAAUAUUAUGAAUUGGCGUAAGAUUGCGUUGGGUAAAACUCAACUUGUUUAGGGAAGUCAAGCAUCAACUGACCUAUAUUUGAUUGUUUAUGGUAAAACAGACUAAAACGAAAUGCCUUUCUGUGUUUCCGAUCAACAACGGCGUCGAUGACACACCGCACCACCCAAUAGCCCUUAUGGAAAAUGUCAAUGUCACGGUAACACCGUGUGCUUGACUACUAACUGUGAUCUUUAAUAACUUGAGAUGCUGACGAAAGCGAGAAACUACUUCUGUCCUGCCACGUCGUUUCCAUUCAGAUUUCAGCAGUGGUUUGUGUUUAUGUCAGUGUGUACGUCUGUUCAUCUUGAUGUCCUGAGUCGUGUUGCAUCAGUCAAUGUUCCGUGUGACUGAUGCUGUGACCAUAUAAGGCUGUGACGUGUGGUUAGUCUUCUGUGUGGUAAAUGUCAAGUUUUUCCAUGAAGUUACUGUCUAAUUGUCAGUCUCAAAACGAGCUUUAAAGGGCAAAGACCUGAUAAACUGUGAUCUUGGGUCAUUUUAAAAGUCUGUUGAGUCGAGUGGCGAUGGAUUGCGAGCGCUAAAGACAUUUUUUUGUGUAUUUUAUUUUUGUUUUGUGAAUAUUUAUUUAUCAUUGAAGCAAUGCACUUUAAAUUAUUGUUUUGAUAAGAUUUUUGUAAGCUAUGCGGUUCACAUAUUUCAACGUGUAAAUAAAAUGAUGGAUUAAUUUGUUUAA